CACCUUGAAGAAACUCAGUUUGCUGGCAGCGGUCAAGGAGGUGGGUGUGCUGGUUGCUCCUCCUGUCACCAUACAUAAACCACUCAUACACGCACUGUAUACACACUUACUUGUUGCUUGUAGGUCCACUGGGCUUGUUUUAGCCUGUGCCGACGACACAAGCUAUUGUGGGGUGGAAAUAAUACUGGAAAACAGUGUGUUUGAAGAUGACAUAUCGCAGGUGCGCGUCCGAGUGGACAGCCUAAAAAGAUCAGAUUUGGAGAUUGUUGUCGUGUGUACAAGUCUGUCUGACAGAAGGAAAAAAAAUUACAUUUCGUGUUGAAAUAACACGUGUGGGGAGUAGAGGCAGUUGGUAAGAGCUCAGCGAGGGAGUGUGAAGGAGAGGAGAACCAGGAGAGAAGUGUUAGUAAGGGAAGGUGAAGUGACCCUCAGGACAACACCGCCCAACCACGCCCUCCAAAGGGGUUAAAGUCCCUACCAACACGGGAGAGCAGAGCAUGUCUGCUGAGACAGUGACUACUGUGACAGUGUCUCCUGAGACAGUGGCUGCUGUGACAGUGUCUCCUGAGACAGUGGCUGCUGUGACAGUGUCUCCUGAGACAGUAGCUGCUGUGACAGUGUCUCCUGAGACAGUAGCUCCUGUGACAGUGUCUCCUGAGACAGUGGCUGCUGUGACAGUGUCUCCUGAGACAGUGGCUGCUGUGACAGUGUCUUCUGAAACAGCGUCUGCUGAGCCAGAGUUGCUUAGAAGAUCAUAAUCAAGUGACAAACACCCAUCCAAGGAGCAAACUCGCUUUACCUUAGUGAACUGUUGCUCUGUUGCCUUGUGAGUGUUUGUAAAUACUGGACAGGACUCUUAUCAGCCUCCUGACACUAGACAACAUCAUGCAGAGGUAGCACUAGCACUGGUACUGGUACCCUAAGAGUCCUUGCUACACAGUAUCCAGUUUAAGGAGCCUGGUCUAAGGCUGGACCCUGGGAGCCAUGAUGCCCAGAACCACUAACUGAUACCCUGUAUAACUGAUAUACACAGUAUGGAUGGGUGGAGGAGGGUGGCCAGGUUUGUGUUGCUGGCCUGCAUCACAUGCCCAGCCUCACUCUCACACCUUGAUGCCCCACCAGGAGAUGUUGCACGUCAUCAACUGGAAAGAUAUGUCAGCUAUAAUGAGCUAGCUGACACAACGGACAGAUUCAGCAUCACUGGAGUUAAAAGUUACAGUGAAUUGCUCUUUGAUCCCACCAGUUACCAAGUUGUUGUUGGUGCCAGGGAUCGUAUUUUCCGUCUGAGUUUGGUGGGUCUGCAGCUGCUAGAAGCUUCAGACUGGGCCUCCAACAAAAGUACUGUGGACACCUGCACACUGAAGGGACAGAGCCAAGAGGCAUGUCAUAAUUUUGUUAGAGUGUUGCACCUGCACCGAGGCAAUGUACUUGUGUGUGGAACAAAUGCCUUUAGUCCUCUGUGUACCUGGAGGAGACUCUCCGAGAUACGGCACAUUGAGUCGUGGGAGAAAGGUGUAGCCAGAUGCCCAUUUGACCCUUCCCACAGUGUGACCUCACUUCUUACGACAAAUGGUGACCUCUAUGUUGGUACUCCAACAGACUUCUCAGGACGAGAUUCUGCCUUCAUGCGAUCCCUUGGUCCAGGCGAACGCCUCAGAACUCAUCAGUAUGACCUCAAGUGGCUAUCUGAGCCCACUUUUAUCACAUCCUUUGAGUCCUCUGGAUUUGUCUAUUCCAUCUUCAAAGAAAAUGCUGUGGAAAAUUUAAACUGUGGGAAGAAUGUCUUCUCAAGGAUUGGUCGUGUCUGCAAGAAUGAUGCUGGCGGGACUCUUGUCCUGAAAAAUUAUUGGACAACAUUCUUGAAAGCACGUCUAAUAUGCUCAGUCCCAGGAGACUUGCCCUUUUAUUACAACCAUGUCCAGAGUGUCACUUACCUUCCGAGAGAACAAAUGCUCUAUGGAGUUUUCUCCACAGCUGAUAACAGUAUUGUAGGAUCAGCAGUGUGUGUUUUCAACAUGAGUUCAGUAAAUGCUUCCUUUGAUGGACCAUUCAAGUACCAGCCAUCGCCAUCAUCUACAUGGGGUCCUGUAACAUCUGAAAACCGCCACUUUCGUUGUGAAGAUUUGGGAACCAGUAGAGAUGCUGACCUUGCUGCUGAUAAAUUUCAGUUAAUGGAUCGACCAGUCCUCCCACAGAGCUCCAGUCCACUUUACCUUCUUAACUCUGAAAAAUUGAAGCAUGUAGUAGUGGAUGUGGUAUCAACUCGACUAAGUGGAAAUGUACAUGUAGUGUUUGUGGCAUGUUCUGGAGGUCUUGUGAGAAAACUAAGUGUGGUGCCCAAUACUCAACAUACUUGUCUCCUUGAGGUUCUCCAACCUUUCUCCACAAACUCCUCAGUCGUCAUCCACACCAUGAGGUUCCUCAAGGAUACGAACUCGCUGUACUUGGGCACAGACAGUGAGGUAGUCCGUGUCCCUGUACACAGAUGUGGACAUUAUAAAACACAGCGGGCUUGUUUAGCUGCCAAAGAUCCAUACUGUGGAUGGGACACCAACCGCUUGGAUUGCUCUCCCCCACCUGGAAAAAAUCCCUUUGUAUCAUCUUGGCUUCAAGAAGUUAUGGAAUGCCCACGAUCCACUGAUCCAGUGGAUGGAAAAUGGAGCAAGUGGUCAGAAUGGUCGCCAUGCUUGCAGUCCGGUACCGGAGACUCAUGCCUGUGUCGCCAUCGUGUCUGUGACUCCCCACGGCCGGCACACGGUGGGGCCAACUGUGUCGGAUCACGCACAGAGGUAUCCAACUGCACAGUACAUGGUGGUUGGACAGCAUGGUCUUCAUGGUCUCAGUGUUCAGCAACUUGCGGUAUCGCAGUUAAAACUCGGCGUCGCACAUGUUCAAACCCUGAACCUCAGCAUGGCGGGCGUGUCUGUGUUGGUCAAGAACGUACCGAGAUCUAUUGCCACUCCCUUGCGCACUGUCCUUCAUAUACUGCCUUACCUGUGGAUGGUGGGUGGAGUGAGUGGGGCUCUUGGGGAAGAUGCUCAGCCACAUGCGGCACUGGCAUGAGACAGAGACAGCGUUCAUGUACCAGACCAACCCCAAAGAAUGGAGGAUCACCGUGUCCAGGUUGUGAGAAAGAUACUGAAAUAUGUGGGAAUUGGCCAUGCCCAGAGGUAACUAAACUGUCCCCUUGGACUCCAUGGUUAAAACUCAAUAUUUCUGGAAACUCUGCUGUUCAGCGUCGCUUCAGGACAGAAUGUAUUGCAACAGGAGACAAGGACAAUCCAUUACGAAUUGGUAAAAUGCACCAAGAGGAUCAAGUUUGCACCAAAGAUGGCUGGUGUGGUGAUUCCCACCAGAUGGAUUCUCCAGGUAGUGGAGGAUGGUCAGAGUGGAGUGACUGGACCAAAUGUGAUGAACCAUGCGGUGGAGGAAAACAGUAUCGGCAUCGAUCCUGCACUGUUGGUUCCUGUGCUGGGUUAGCCACACUUGAGAGAACCUGCAAUGAACAUGCCUGUAGAGGUCUUUGGGCAUGUUGGAGUGACUGGAGUCCGUGUUCAGCUACUUGUGGGUCAGGAAUGCAGUAUCGGACACGUCAGUGCAUUGCUUCGCAUAAUCCAUUUAGUGAUGCAUCAGAUUGCACUGGUUCUCACACAGUGCAGCAGUCGUGCCACAAGGCUACAUGUAUAGGUGAAGAGGGUUGGGGCAUGUGGGCAGAGUGGUCAGAGUGUGGAGGUGGAGAUGAACGAGUAAGGAAACGUCACUGCAUUUCAAAUCAGCCCAGUCAGUGUCGUGGGCUUGAUGUUCAGAGAGAAUCUUGCAAAUUUAUGAAUUCUAAUGUUGCAACAAUGGAAGCAGCUGUUGUGAGUAGUAGUAAGAAUGGUGGUGGGGGCAGCACAGUAUCAGUGCAGGCAUUGGUAGGCUCCUGUCUGGCUUGUCUCUUCACUGGAGCACUGCUUGGUGCCCUAGCUACUUACCAUGUGUGUGUUCGCAGACACCAUAGGCGAGUACCAUCCUCACCUCACUACAUCUCUGCUAAACCUAAUCAUUAUGUUAGUGUACCAGGAGCAGAGUGGAAAGGAGAGCAGUCACCAAGCAGCACAAUAAAGAAUGGCAGUCUUAAAAGUGGGCUAAAAGCAGCCAUAACAAACUUACCACUGAAGGACUUUGACACUGCCACUAUCAAGCGCUCCAGUCACGGCUCUUAUGGAAAUGGCCAUCUACGUGCUGAUCUUGACUCUGAUACUAUAUUUAAUUUCUAGCAAAAAUUGACCUGCCCAGUCUUUCAAGUCUUAUGUUGGUGCUAGAAAUCCUUCUGAAGGGGCCACCCUCAUCCCGAGUGUUUAAGACACUACUCUUUGUGAUAUUCUGUAGUUUUUAAAGAUUGGAAGCCUAGCUUCCAGGGUAGAACCCUCGAAACUGGUCACAUUAUAUACUUUAAUAAAACAAUUUUUUAAAUAAAUCCAACAAAAAUUGUGAUGUUCUUAGCAGAUGAAAAUUAUAUUCAUUACCUAUGAAAAGAGACGAGUGUGAUUUAUUACAAAUUUUAUCAGGAAUGUGAAGAACAUUUUCGCUAUGUGCCAAGAAUAAUCUGCUUGAAUUUCCAUGUGCAAAGAAUGACUGCUAGGACUGAGAUAUAUCCUUAUUUAAAAUGGGAUGCCUCAUAUAAAGGGAGACUGUUACAGGAUAUUGAAAAGUGAUGUUCUUGAACUACCCUAAUUAUGAAGAAAAAAGUGUUAUGAUAAUUAAUAAAAUAUAUAUAUUUGAAAAGAAGGAUGUUUAUUUGGUGGAGUUAUAUUUCUACAUUUUAAAUGCUGAAAAAUUAACAUUCUCAAAUCAUUUUUAACCCUCCCAAUUAUUUUAAUAAAGAAAUACAUACUGUGAACUUAUACUUACACAGAAUUUCUUUUUAUAGCACUUAUUGUAUAUGAAGAGAACAAAGGAGCAUCCUACACAUAAAAAAAUUAAUUGCCUGAGACACUUGCUUUGUAAUCUAGUCAAACCAGUGACACUGAAUAUAAUGACACACUGUAAAUAUACCUGGAUGUAAAAAUUCUUUCAAUUUUUAGGAUAAGGUUAUUACUGUAUGUGCCAUAUUCUUUGCUGAGAAUUGUUAUAAUUUUUUAUAUUGAAUUUUCAUAAAAUGUAAAUGGUU